AUGGACACGCGCAUGUGGUUGGCUCAAUCCUCCACGCUGCAUGGGCCAGCAGACACAAAGCUACUCUCUUUUGUGUACAAGAAACCCCGGUUUAUACGUUCAUGGCUGGAUAAUUAAUGCUGUCCUUGAGCGGCUCCACAUAACAUGUCAUGACGCCUGCAUCUACAGGAGGUUACAUCCGCCAUUGAUGGCCUGCACUACGAUGAUCUUAAUCUUAAUCUUAAUCUUACUCUUAAUGGGUUUUCCAGUCACAUCAGCAUGAAGAGAGAGAGGGAGGGAGAGGGUUCCGUCCGCUGGAGUAUCCUAGCCGAAAGCUGUUCUUAACUCGAAGGCUACAUCUGGAACGGGUAUGCCCCCUCUUUUGCUUGGUUGAUGAAACUCUUUAGAUUCGGUCCUCUACGAUCAGGCCAAAAGGGGGAGAGAAGAAAAUCCCACGGUUUUAUAGAAGACGUUUGCAAGUGGCCGUGGACGAACUAACUCGUAUGUCUGCUUUUAACAGCAAAUCGACUCCGGCAGGAUCAUUGGAGAUUCUGACGGCAUUUCAGGCUUCGGGGUUCGCAUUGACCCUUGAUCCGGUUCUGGGAACUCUUAGGUCAACUGCAAGGUGGCCCUCACGUGCGGCUGCGGCGUCUGGGGGUCGCUCGAACUCACCAGCGCUCCCUCCCCGCACCCGCCGCCACGAAACCGCGUCACCUUGCAACUCUUCACGGCUUCCUCUGAUCCCUCCCUCCGCUGCCUCUCCCUCUUUCGCUCUUUUCUCCUUCUCCGAGGCGGGGGUCUCCGUUGCUGUCUUCUUCCGUAUUGCAUGAUUGUAGUACUGUGCUCUCGCUCAAGCGGCCGAGGAGGAGGAGGAGGAGGUGGAGGAGGAGGAGGAGGUGGAGGAGGAGGAAGAGGCAGAGGUGGGUAG